AUUUUUUUUUUUACUCAUCGAUCUGCAAACUAGGGUUUCUAAUCUCUCUCCUGCUACUCCAUCUUCAUCAAAACCUAAUCGAAAUCUCAGAAUAGGUUAGGGUUAAAAUUUAUUCUUUCCUCAUCCUCAACUUCCGUCGCCGGAAAUGCACCCUCGCGGCGGAACCUCGACCCAAUUCUUCUUCGCCGCGCGUCGCCCGUGGCGGGAGUUCCUCGCCCACCCAUCUUCAUUUUCUUUUCCGUUCUCCUUCGGGGAAGCCAAAGGUCGCAUGAAACGAAACCUCAGUUACUUCCGCGUCAACUACGCAAUGAUCAUGUUGUUCAUACUGUCUCUAAGCCUUUUGUGGCACCCCACCUCGCUGAUCGUGUUCCUGAUCGUGUUCGUCGCUUGGUUCUUCCUUUACUUCUUCCGCGACGAGCCUCUGGUCCUCUUGAAUCGGACGGUAAACGAUCGGUUUGUGUUAAUCGUGCUUGGUGUGAUUACAAUUGUUGCGUUGGUUUUGACUAAUGUGUGGUUGAAUGUAUUGGUUUCAAUUUUGAUUGGAACCGUCAUAAUUGGUUUGCACGGCGCGUUUAGGGUUACUGAGGAUUUAUUUCUCGAUGAGGAAGAAGCCGCUGACGGUGGCUUGGUUUCGGUUGUCGGUAGUCCCCCGCGAGUAGCCCCUUAUACUCGCAUUUGAAUAGCUUCAUGAGGUUUGAUUCCUGCAAUCAGGUCAGAUCAGAUCAGAUCACAGUUGAUUGUAUUCUUUGAUAGUGUUGGGUCAGUAUCCAUAUUUUUAAUUGUAAAUUUUGUAUUGCAUAUGGUCGUCAUCUUAUUCAAGUGUAAUUAUUCAAGAAAGGAAUUACAAUGUUUUGCAUAUUAUAUGAACUCUGCUCUUUUGAGUGUAUAUUGAACUUGAUUUCAAAGGAUUAGUUUUUAUUUUUCCAA